AUGGGUGCUACCUCCUGCCUUGCUUGCAAGACAUCAAAAACAAGGUGCGACAAGAUUCGGCCUUGCUCGACGUGUGUAGCUCGCAGGAGGCCGGAGGAAUGCAGAAGCGGGUCCAAGCCCAGGUCGAAGCAGUCUAGGACGAAAAAGACUGCCCCUUCCUUGGAACGAACGCCCUCGCCAUUGACUCCGAUGACUAUCAGCGGACUUGAGACUCUUCGCCCUCUUAUCGUCCUUUCGUCGAGGUCCGGCUACAGUGAGUCGUCGGUCCUUCGGCUCAUCAACGUCAUGGGCCCCGGUUUCCGGACAGUCUUGAGCGCCAUGGCAGCUCUGGUCGCCGACCUAAACGCCGUCCGUAUCCGCAAAGGUGAAGCUCUACUUGACGGUGACGAGAUGCCCUCCCUCCUCUCGCGGCCACACGUGCGAACAAAAGGAAGCAGAUGGGCUGCCUGGACGGUGCACUGCGGCGCAGGAGGGGGCGAGCGGGAGAGGAUCGAGUUUGAGAGGGGGCUGGACUUCCUGUGGCGGGACGAUCUUCCUGAAAUGACUGAAGGAGACGAGAGUCGUACGCAAAGGCUGGUUGAAUGUGAGCCAGGGAGGAUGGAGCGAGAGAUGCCGACGUCCGACGUAGAGUAUCUGUGCAUGCUCGUAGACGAGCUCCUGUCCUACAGGAAUGCUCGGACAGUCAUGUACCACAGGCUGUGCGGCAGGUCGGUAGCAGGGCUACUUGAAGACACCAUCCUAGUGCGAUACACUACCGUGAAGGAGGAAGAUGAAACUGGACGUCUGGUGAACAGCUCACACCUGCUGGAGGCGCUUGAGGCCGAGGAGUGGGAGCAGGAACAGCGAACCCCCGCAAACAGGUCCACGUACCUGCAGCUUCGAAGCUACUUGGGAGAGGAGCCGACAGGCGAGGAGGUCACGAGGGCGCACCGGACGGACAUGUUGUUCGAGGAGGACUUCAGCAGCAUGGCACAAACAUUGGAAGGGCAGCAAAGGAUGGAAAGGAUGCACUUGUUCAUGGCAGAGAAGCAUUCAGAGCUGGCAAGCAUCGGAUUCAGCCAUGAUGUUUUCAUUCAAGACGACAGUUCAAUUUGUAGUAGCAUCUCUCCAGAAUUGAGCAUGAUAUUGUGA